GUGCGACAUAUAAUUGCCGGCACAGCAGCGCGUACCAUGGCGCAGGCCUUCAUCCACCCCAUAGACACUGUGAAGACGCGGCUACAGGUGAACAAAAAGACAGCGCCGGAGCUGUUGAAAGCUUGGCGUACCAACAGCAAGGCACACCCAGUGGACGUCUAUGUGAACAACAGGCGGGUCGUGCACAUGCGCAACUGGCUUGUCAAGGGCCCAAAAGACAUCUACCUGGGCAUCUCAGGAGCAAUCUUGGGGACAAUCCCAACAGCGUUUCUGUACUUCUCCACAUACGAGUGUGCCUUAUGGCAUCUGGUAAUGCUGCAGGCGGUGACUCACCUGGCGUCAGCGAGCGCUGGGGCCAUCGUGAGCGCGUUCAUCCGGGUUCCCACAGACACGCUCAAGCACCGCGUGCAGGCGUACCUCCUCCCAGACAUUUGGAGGGGGGCGCGCAGCAUAGUGGCGGCGGAGGGAGUGGCGGGCCUGUACCAGGGGUUGCUGCCGACGCUACUGAGGGACGUCCCAGACAUCGCCAUCCAAUUUGCGCUGUACGAGCGGCUGCGCAAAGUGCUUGAGAGACGGAGACAGGUGUCCAAGCUGCGAACCUGGGAGCACCUCAUCCUCGGCGGCUUCUCUGGUGCGACGGCUGCGAGCAUAACGAUGCCGCUGGACUUCACAAAGACUGUGCUGCAGUGCGGCAGCAAGCUCCCCAUCCACCAGGUGUUCCAGCAAACUGUCAAGGAGAAGGGAGUGGGCGGCCUCUUCACUGGCAUGGGCCCGCGCGUCACACAGACUGCCGUCAUGAGCGCUGUCUUCUUCUCGCUGUUCGAAUUCUGGAAGGCACAGCUCAAGAGCGAGCGGGAGGCAGAGGACCGGCUGCUGCGGCCCAAGAUGUGGCGCAAGCGGCGCACCCACGUCUGGAAACGCCAAUUCUCCUACCAGUAG